ACUGCGUGAUGGCGGCGCCCAUGACAGGUUUAGCACAUUGACUUCUAUCGGAGGUCUGCUUGUUUCUCUUCCACGUUACUGUCAUAGAAUGUAAAUAAUAAGAAGGAGUUAGUAUACAAUAAACAACAAUUGAAAACCGGACUAGCAGACGAUGGCUCUUCACAGACUGUCCGCAAGUCUUCGACAAACGGUAGCGCGUGCCAGGUGGCUUCAUACAAGUGGAUCAAGCCAGCAGCAGGAGGUUUUGGCGGCAGAGCCAGAACCUGAGCCCUUCUCAGUCUUCAGAACAAAUGAGAACGAUCCAGCUUGCCAGUCUGAGAAACAUAUUGGACAGUAUUACACAAUAUCAUCUGCACAAACCCACACCGUCUUCCCUCAUGGCCUCCCCCGCCGCUAUCAGCAACAGGUGAAGACGUUCAACGAAGCUUCUGUGAUGGUGAGGCAGCCCGCUCUGGAGGUCAUCACCUGCCUGAAGGAAACUGACGACAGCAAACCUGCGCAGCGAUAUAUGUUCUAUGGAUUAAAGGGCGGUGGCAAGACAAUGUCCCUUUGUCACGUCGUGCACUUUUGCUACACGCAGGGAUGGCUGGUGCUGCACGUACCUGAUGCCCACAGCUGGGUGAAGAACUGCAAGGAGCUGCUGCCGUCGUCCUUUAGCACCUCUCGCUUCGACCAGCCUUUACAAGCCACCAAGUGGUUGACCAACUUCAGAAUCACCAACGAGCCCUUUCUUUCCAAGAUAACCACAAAGCAGCGCUACGUGUGGACCAAGAGAGAAUUCACGGAGGAGGGAAGACCCCUUGGAGAGCUGGUGGAUCAGGGCAUCUCUCGUGUGAAGAGCAGCAGCGACGUGGUGGGGGCGGUGAUGAAGGAGCUGAGGAUGCAGAGCGGACAGCCGGGCAGCGCCUUCCGUCUGGCUGUAGCUGUGGACGGCGUCAACGCCCUGUGGGGGCAGUCCACCAUCAAGAAAGAGGACAAGAGCGUGGUGGAUCCCGAGGAGCUGACUUUGAUUUAUAACCUGAGGAAGCUGAUGAGGAACGACUGGACGGGAGGCGCCAUCAUUACCACUCUUUCCUACACGGGCGCUGUCUACCCUCCCAAAAAUGCCUACCUACCUCAAGAGCUGCUGGGAGAGAGAGGAUUUGACAACAUGGAUCCGUUUAUCCCGGUGUCAGUGCCCUAUUACAAUGACAAAGAGUUUGAGAGCUGCUAUCUGUACUACAUGGACCGCAAUUGGCUGCAACAUCCCAAGAGCCGAACAGAGGAGGGCAAGAAAGAACUUCUCUUUUUGACCGACAGGAAUCCUUCGCUUGUGGACAGAAUUUGCGCCUUCCUAUGAAGUCUCAGACCUCAAUACAAAUGUCACACUUAAAAGAUCAUGCAGAAACUCAAUAUUCAUGUCUGUCUGUAUUCAUGUGUUUCUGUAAAUUAUUCAUUCAUCAUAUUUGCUAAUAAAAUAUAUGUAAGUU